AUGGGAAGCUCGACCAUCCCGUCUGCGGAUAAUAUAACCGACAGCGAAUUUCAUGAGUACCUUAGCAGAUACCCGGCCUGUCUUGAGGCUAUUUCCAAAAGCAAAGGCAACUUGUCGUCAUCCAAUGUUUUGAACAAUGCUACUGCAGUUGUGGGGAUGGUGUUUCUUUGGUCUCAUUUACUGUUACCGAGAGUUUGGUAUCAUCACAGUGGGACUGACUUGAGUGACAGUCGCCAUGGGAAAUUCAGACCCUCUCUCAUGAAGCUCGUUUCAUCAAACGAUCCCAAGACUUUGAAAGAGACAAUACGAAAGGCCGUAGCUCAGUACCACCAGGCCAAGAAGCAGUGGCCUCAGGCCCUAGAUAUUCUCACUCAGCUCAAGGGCAUCGGGCCGGCCACCGCCUCGCUACUACUUGCUGUUCACGCUCCAGAUAACAUCAUCUUUUUUGCCGAUGAGGCCUUUUAUUGGCUGGAAUAUGAUGGGUCCAAGGGACCCAUCAAGUACAACAAGAACGAGUACUCCCAGUUGACUCUGAAAGCCCAGGCCUUGGCGAAGAGGCUUGGUGUGAGAGCCGUCGAUAUAGAAAAGGUGGCUUUUGCCAUUAUGAGAGGCGACCAUACCCAAGCCUCUGGAAAGGCGGCUGCCACGGCGGAAAAGGCAGAGGAGAACGACAAGGGAGCGGCAACGGACCAGGAAGACAAGCCGGCAACCAAAACAGAACCCGAAGAGAAAACCACCAAGUCUAAGCCACCGGCCAAAAGGAAGACUUCCGGUGACAAUGCCGACACUAACGUCCCUAUCCGCCGUUCCAAACGAGGGAAACAAGCUUAG